CUUAUGCCCCAACUUUGUUUGUUUACAUUUUCAACAUAGCGUAUUUAAAGCUUGUAAUCAAAUAAUAACAACAAUGUUAUGCCGUUUGUGCCUGUGCAAUCUCAAAGAUGCUGUGGCCAUAUGCAUAUUCAGCUCUGAGCCUGAGCUGCCCAAGGUUAUAGCAAAGUAUUUACAGUUGCAGUUAACUUUGGAUGAUGCUGUCUCUAGCAAAUUGUGCACCACAUGCUGGCGCUUGCUCACCGAAUUCGAUGAGUUCUGCUCCAUGGUGGCAGCAAAGCAACAAACGCUGCUGUUAAAAACUGAACCAGAGCCUCCUCCCGAGCCAGCGGUUGUAGUAUGGAAUACAGAGUCACCCAUUGAAACAAAGCUAGCAUUUGAUGACGACGUAAAAGAUCAUAUACUCUGCGAGCCCGAAAUCGAUGUAAAUGACAGAGAAGCAGCAGGAAAUGACGACAGUGGUAGCUUUAGUAGUGGACAUGAAUUACAGCUGGAGCCAGAGCAGGAUAGCAUUGCCACAGAGCUGGAGAGCAAUUACACCAAGGGCAGAACGAGACAGGCGACCAGGCUUGUGGUCGCGCGUGCCGAGAGUCUUCUCAAAAGUAAUGUCAAAACGAAAGCGAAAACAAAACCGAAACGUGGUCGACCCAAGGGUCGCAAGACCAAAUCAAAAGUCAAACAGCCGCCCAAUGAAACAGAGACAUCUUUGGUGCAACCGCGCACCAAACGACACAGCGUAAAGGACAUGGACGAGUUUAUAGCGGCCAAUGUAAAGCUUGUAUGUUGCCUUUGCACAGCACCGCUGAAGGAUUUUAUAGAUCUCAAACGGCAUUUUCGAGCCGAGCAUAAUUGCACUGGUUACAUGGAAUGCUGUAAUAAUCGUUACAAAAAACGUACGCUUUAUGUGGAUCAUUUGCAUUAUCACAAGGAUCCACAGUAUUUCAGCUGCAAGCCCUGCCUCAAGAGUUUUCUCAAUCGCAAUAGCCAGGAUAUGCACAUGUUGCGCUUUCACUCCGAUCAACAAGAGCUGGUGCACGAGUGUGCCAUUUGUCAAGCUAAAUUUGCCAAGAAAUUCUUACUUACCAUGCACUUCAAGGGCCACAAAGGCACUGAGCGCACCGAAGCCUGCGAAACCUGCAGCAAGACAUUUCGCACCAAAUUGGAGCUAACGGCACAUAUAAAGCGCAUGCACACCGCUGACUUUACGCCUGUCAUCUGCGACAUCUGCGGCGUCAACUUCCGCUCCAAGGCCAACUUUCUUAUACACAAAAAGUCGCUGCAUCCCGAGGGUCCCGUGGCCGAGGUGCAGUGCAGUCUCUGCUCACGCUGGCUGCGCGACGAGCGUAGCUUGCGCAAGCAUAUGGCGCGCCAUGACGAUCGCGAGGGCAACAACAAAUAUCGCUGCGUGCUCUGUGGUGCAGAGAAGGCAUCGCGUGUGGCGCUAAGCAGCCAUAUGCGCUAUCAUCACUCCGGCAAGCGGCACAGUUGCACGCUCUGUGGCAAGGAGUUCAAGCUGCCACGCGCCUUGGCGGAGCAUAUGGCCACACAUACCGGCAUUGAUCUGUACUCUUGUGCCUUUUGUCCGCGCACAUUUAAGUCCCAUGCCAACAUGCAUAACCAUAAGAAGAAAAUGCAUCCCAAUGAAUGGGUGCGCAAAUACACGCAGCCCAGCGCAGCAGCGAAGUCAGCGUCAGUGCCAGGAGAAGAAGAUGCCAUACAGCAGCAGCAGCAGGAGCAGCAGCAACCACAGUCCAGACCACAGGAGGAGGAUGAUACACAGCAAUCUGUAGUCACUAGCGUAAGCUACGAGUUUAUGAGCAACAGCUCUGUCUGUCCCGUCUGAUUGCAUUUCCAUUUAACAAUAAAGUAUUAAACUAAAACAAGCAUCACGUUAAGUCUUAAAUCUAAAGGGUAUUUUAUUUACUUAACCAAAGCGUUGUGUAUGUAGACAUAUAUAUGUAUAUUGAAUAUAUUGAUAUUGUAUUUAGACAUUUAUUCAAUUGGAUGAGAAUAUUGAGUGCAAGCUUUUCAUAUUGUA